CCCUCCCCUGCCCGGCCCGAGGGUCCUCCUUUCCUCGGCCAUCGGGAGCUAGCCGCGCAGCCCCAGUCGCCUCCCGAUUUCUCUGCUCCGCCAACAUGCUGGCAACCCCGGGAGUCAAGAGGGAACCUCGAGGGCGGGUGGGUCCCGACUGGAAGUACCUCUGGUUUACAGUAUUCCAAAGUGGCCCUAGAGCUAGUGAGAGCCAGUGAGCCCUCAAGCGAGACUGACACCGCAGGUUUCCAUGCAUUCCUGCCGGUCUGUCCGGGAGCUCAGACUUCAACUAGUCGCCCGGGCUCUGGGGGCUCUUGGCGAACGGAGCCAGCCCAUCGGCGCCUCUGGCCUUCCGGCCCCGGUAGCCUCGAGGCUGGGGUCGCCGCGCUUCUCACGCGAGCCCGAGCCCGGACUCAGUAACCCGGGGGAAAGAGGUCAUCACACGGCAGCCUGGCCCCGCCUGCCGGGCCCCUGCCAACUAGUAGCGAGGGGAGGCACUUGCAAGCACUUGCAAGUUCCAGUGCAUGCAAAAAUUAGGGUGAGGGGUCCCCGCGCCCGGGGAUGGAGGUCUCCCAAUACCGUGUCUUCGGGGUGUCCUGGGACUUCUCCUUCAAAUUCCCAUCUCAGCGGGGCUCUGUGCUGUCCAUGGGGUACCUUGGAACUGGGGUCCCAGGUGUCCCCAGCCCUCACCCCUUUACGUGCUGGCACUAGGAUGAGGAGUGCCCAUAGUGGGUUCUUACCUGUCCCUCUGAGUUCCCCCAAUCCUGUCUUCUCCCCCACUUACCAUCCCCCUUUCCUUCCCUUUCCCUCUCUCCUUUCCCUCCAUCCUAGAGAGACCACUCCCCCCCCCCCUCAGCCCGCCCCUUCCUCUGUCCGAGCUCCAGAGGGCGUGGCCAAGCGUGCAAGCUGUUUUAUAAAGGUCGAAGUGACUUCACCCUCAUCCUGAAGGUGACAGGUCUAGGAGUCUUCCCUGAUCUUCUUUGGGGUCCUAGCUUAAGAGACCACGCAUCUCAGCUGAGUUCAGUAUUCCUCACAGCCACAGGCGGUGGCCAGGACUGAAUGAAUGGCAGUGAAAUUCUUGGCACACAGUGGCAGCUCAACAAACAGCUUCUCUCCUCUCCUCCUUUCCUUCAUAUCCAGCUGGCUGUUCUGGCAGCCAUCUUGAGAUCUCUACACUGAUGAUGUUGUCUGUGUUUGGACUCUCCGUCCCCAUCUCGGCUACAGAGCUUCUCCUGGCCUCCUUUGUCUUCUGCCUGGUGUUCUGGGUCAUCAGGGCCUGUCAGCCUCAGGUUCCCAAAGGCCUGAAGAAUCCACCAGGGCCCUGGGGCUGGCCUCUGCUCGGGCACGUGCUGACCUUGGGGAAGAACCCACAUCUGGUGCUGGCAAGGCUGAGCCAGCGUUACGGGGACGUGCUGCAAAUCCGCAUCGGCUCCACACCCGUGCUGGUGCUCAGCGGCCUGGACACCAUCCGGCAGGCCCUGGUGCGUCAGGGUGAUGAUUUCAAGGGGCGGCCCGAUCUCUACAGCUUCACUCUGAUCUCUGAGGGCCAAAGCAUGACCUUCAGCCCAGACUCUGGACCGGUGUGGGCUGCCCGCAGGCGCCUGGCCCAGAAUGCCCUGAAGAGUUUCUCCAUUGCUUCAGACCCGGCUUCCUCAUCCUCCUGCUACCUGGAAGACCAUGUGAGCAAGGAGGCUGAGUACCUCAUUGGCAAGUUCCAGGAGCUGAUGGCAAAGGUUGGGCACUUUGACCCCUACAGAUAUGUAGUGGUGUCAGUGGCCAAUGUCAUCUGCGCCAUGUGUUUUGGCCGGCGCUAUGACCAUGAUGACCAAGAGCUGCUUAGCUUAGUCAACCUGAGUAAUGAGUUCGGGGAUGGCGCUGCCUCUGGGAACCCUGUGGACUUCUUCCCCAUCCUUCGAUACCUACCUAACCCUGCCCUGGAUUUCUUCAAGGACGUGAAUGAGAAGUUCUCCAUCUUCAUGCAUAAGAUGGUCAAGGAACACUACAAAACUUUUGAGAAGGGUCACAUUCGGGAUAUCACAGACAGCUUGAUUGAGCACUGUCAGGACAAGAGGCUGGAUGAGAAUGCCAAUAUCCAGCUGUCCGACGAGAAGAUUGUUAAUGUUGUCUCGGACCUCUUCGGAGCUGGAUUUGACACAGUCACAACUGCCAUCUCCUGGUGCCUCAUGUACCUGGUGACGAGCCCCAAUGUACAGGAAAAGAUCCAGAAGGAGCUGGACACAGUGAUUGGGAGGGAGCGGCAGCCCCGGCUCUCUGACAGACUCCAGCUGCCCUACAUGGAAGCGUUCAUCCUGGAGAUCUUCCGACAUACCUCCUUCGUCCCUUUCACUAUCCCCCAUAGUACCACAAAAGACACAAGUCUGAGUGGCUUUUACAUCCCCAAGGAGCGUUGUGUCUUUGUGAACCAGUGGCAGAUCAACCAUGACCAGAAGCUAUGGGGUGACCCAUCUGAGUUCCGACCAGAACGAUUUCUCACUCCUGAUGGCACCAUCAACAAGGCACUGAGUGAGAAGGUGAUUCUCUUUGGUUUGGGCAAGAGGAAGUGCAUCGGUGAGACCAUUGCCCGCUUGGAGGUCUUUCUCUUCCUGGCCAUCCUGCUGCAGCAGGUGGAAUUCAGUGUGCCACAGGGCACGAAGGUGGAUAUGACCCCUAUUUAUGGGCUGACCAUGAAGCAUGCCCGCUGUGAGCACUUCCAAGUGCGGAUGCGCACUUAGGGGUCUGAGAGCCCUGCAGCUUAGACUCUAUCUACCUGGCCUGUCUGGGCAGCCAGGCCAGGGGGCUGACCUGGGGUCUGGGGUGGGGGGCGGUCUAAACCUUGGCCUGAAACCCACAGAUAUUGGUCUGGCUGAGUUUUGCUGUCUGGGCUGCAGGCAAGCAUGAAGGAUCAUGCCUGCCCCCCGCCCUGGACUUGCUCCUUUGCGUAUUGACCACAGACAAUGGACACAGCAGGGGCCGAAAAAGGAGCAGAUGGAGCCUUCCAGAGUUGUGCUUGAGGCAGGAGGCUUGGUAGGGUUAGGAGGUCCUCAGGCCCCUGGAGACCUUGAGGGAAUUCUCUAGAAGCCUCUAAACCCAGUGGCUGGCUGGCUUUCUGUGGGGACUGACUGGUUUGAGAAACAUUUAGAGCAGGCCACAUCAGGGCCUGUCUAAUCUCUUUGACAAUUGGGAGCUGCCAAGAGUGAAGGGAAGAGGCAGCUUAGGCACAGAGGUGGUCUCCCAGAUUGAAUAAGGCUGAGCAGUCUAACCACAUGGGUCUGGGACACUGCGAUGCCUUCCUCUGUUCUCCCUGCAAGCAGGAACAGGGCUACAUCCUGGCCUCGCAAGGACCCUGUUCCUGUCCAGGAGGGGCUGGGGGCUUGUACCUAAGAGGAGCAGAGAACAGAGGGAGUGCCCAGAUUCAGGCACCUGAAUCAGGUCUCUAUGCCCAAUAUUAAAAUGCCUUUAAAAAAUGUUUAUAUGCAAGAAGUUUUAUAUUUUAGCCUGCAUUGUACUGGCAUGCCUUCAUUUAUCAUACGUAAGAGCUUAAAAACAGUUUAUUGAGUGCAAUAGAGAACAUUGUAACCCAAGUAUCCAGAAAUGUGUAAGAAAUUUCUACCUAAGCUAAAUAAAGAUAUUAUCCAGAA